CCUCAGUUAUUUCCCAUGAUUGUUUCAGCAACAGGUCUUUCAUUGCUUCAUUUUACCAAAGCAAAGAGGGAAAAGAAAUUUUGUCAAAACCAGUCGCUUCACUGUCAACAUUUUUAGGAGCAACGUACAGAUUAUGUUUACCACAGCAGACCCCAAUCUAUCUUCCAACAUUUGCUCUUAGUAUGGGGAAUUCUACAUUACUAGAAGAGUAUUUGCAACGUGAGUUCGUCCGAAGAUCCGACAUUUCUUCUCAAUUUCUAGAGAUGUCCUUACUACUUGCUGUGAUCGCUGGAAUAGUUCCAUCUGUUGUAAUGUUAUUAGACUAUGGGGCACCGUUGAAUGAAAAUUCUAUAUUGAUAGCUUCUUUAAAAGAAGACAUAAUCGUUCUGGACAUCCUUCUAAAAAGGCGUGGAUCUAACUAUACAGCUGACUAUUCCAAAAUAAAACAUGGAAAUAGUCCCUUGAUUGCAGCAGCAGCGCGUGGGUUAGUUUCAUCAGUCAAUUGUCUGAUUGAACAUGACGUUGAUGUUAAUAACUGUAACAAUGAAAACAUAUCUGCAUUGAGUAAAGCAGUAAUUCAUGGCGAAUAUGAAGUCUGUCAAAUACUGCUUGAAAAUGGAGCCUUUGUAAAUGUAAGGGAAGGUAUAUAUAAAAGAACUCCAUUGCAUAUUGUUGCAGAUUUAGAUCGCAGAAAAAGGAAAAGAAAUCUUGUAGAUAUCACCAGACUGCUUAUUCAGCACGGAGCGUCAGUUUUUAUGAAAGAUUAUCGAGGUCAUUAUCCUAUCCAUUGUGCAGCUAUACGUAACCAUAAUGAAAUUGUUGAAGCUCUGCUCGAAGUGGAUAUUUCACAAGCGUCUGUAAAGAUAAAAUCACAAGGUAAAACAUCCGCUAUCAAAGGCAUGGACUUAUUUCAUAUAGCCGUAUGGAAAAACAACCCAAAGUUAAUCGACAUACUUCUGCGCCAUAACAUCUAUCCCAACAUGCAAGAUUUGUAUGGAAGGACACCGUUUUAUCGUUCGGUGUACGACAGAAAACAAAAAAUAGCCGAGAAAUUAUUUGGAGUUGCUGACAUUCAACAAUCAGAGAAGACUGGUUACACUUCAUUGCAUGCUGCCGUACGAAGUGGCAACAUGACAUUAGUAAAAAUGAUUUGUCCGCAUGUAGACAUCAACGCAAAAGACAAAUUUGGAAAGACGCCAAUACACACUGCUUGUGAAACCAUGAACUUAGAAAUAUUCUGCAUACUUGGUAAAGAUUACAGAGCCGACGUUCGGAUGCGUACAAACAAGGGCCAGACGAUUUUUGAUAUUCUGCAGAGUAAGAAGGCACAGUCACAAAAAAUUAAGACUUUGAAGAAAGAUGAAUCACCACCUUCGUUUAAGAAAUUGUUUGAUCAGUUCCAGCAGAUAGUUGGUAGUGUAGAUUAUGAUUUUGCAUAUAACUUUGAACGAUUACCAUUUUCUUGGAGAGUAAUAAGCUCCAGCGACUAGUUUUAUCUGUCAGUGAAUGAAAAAAAAAAGAUUGUGAACUAAAAGUGAAAAGAAUGGAACAGGGGCUGUAUAUUAGCGCACUUACAACAAUCGUAAAUAAGACUUUUAAAACAUGUCAUAACUGUAGCAUCCGUUUGUCCGUCCAGAUUCCGUGUCCAAUCUCUAACUGUCAUUAAUUGUUGAAAUUCUUAAAUAAAACAUGACAAAUACAGCUUGGCAUGACAUUAUUGUCGCGUGCAAAAAUCAUGAAACUCCCCAUUUUACUUUUUGAAUUAGAUCCCAUAAUGCAAUGUUCGUCAGGAUUUCGUGUCCGAUCUAUAACUUUGUCAUUCAAAAAGCUAUUGUCAAGUGUAACAUUAUGAUGUGUCACGUGCAAUAACCAUAACUCUGCACUCCUCAAUUUUUGAGUUAUUUCCCUUAUUUGAUGAUACAGUAGCGAAAUUGCUCAAAUUGCAUACAAUGAUCAUAACUCUAUGUCCUCCCCCCCCCCCCCCCCCCCCCCCAACCCCCUCUUUUUCGGCAAAGUUUGCAGUUUUUAUUACAUGAAAAUAACCUUUAAUGUCCAUUCUUUGGUGUGUUUUUUCGGCUCGCUGCGCUCCUCAUUGAACUUGCAUAUAUUUAAUAUUAUUGACGCUGUAACCUAUGUAUAAAGUCUGUUGAUGAUCAUCUAUAUCUCAAAAGAUCAAUGGAUUGAGCCCCGACAGCUCUUUACAGAUUUUAAAUGCCAACCUUCAUCCAAGGAAACUCGAGCUCAAAAGUCUUAUUUACUGCAAGUGCGAAAAGACUAGUGAAUAUGGAUUAGGUGCUGAUAUGAUAAAUGCAUUACCAAAUAAAUGUUUGUUUUUAUUAUGGACUCUGUACGAGUAUUAGAUCUAGCCUGGUGAGGAAUUAAUCUGACAUAAGUAAUUCUGUACUUUUUACAUGAAACAGUACAUGAAAUCAAAUUUUAUAGCUGUGUCUUUUUCCUUUCAGUAUAUUUUUCAAUUUUUUUUUUGUUUUUUUUUUGGAUUUAACGUCGCACUGACACAUGAUAGGUCAUAUGGCGACU